UCCACGUCAUUCUACGUAAUUUUAUUCUAAAAAGUAGAAUUAGUCCGGAGAAGAAUUAGCAGCAUAGUAUUCCAUAACAAAAAAGUGGUGUCAGAAAUGGGAUCUCAGUAACAGAGUUCCUCUGGUUGCUGAGAGAAAGAAAAGCUGAGGAAAUUUCGAAUUGGCUUAUUUCCUUCGAGGAACCAUUCGGAAGAAACUGUCAGUGUGGAAAAUUCGCCACUACAACAACUGUUUACAUUAGGGUCCAGUACAAAUCCAGUUCCAAAUCCAGUGCCAGCCCAAGUUACUACUACCCUAUUGUAGUAACAAUCUGAAGUAGAGGUGAACCAGGAAUAAGAGACUAUGCGACUAACCAUAAAAUUAAUAUUCUGCAUGCAUGUAAUAAUAUGGUUGACAAAUGAUGAGCACAUCUACAAGCAAUACACCAACACUCCUAUCAACAAAUCACCUGGAAUUUAUUACGAACACAUAAAAAAUGUUCAAUGUAUUGAAACUCGUUGGAACAUAUUACGUCAUAUUCCUUUACAACCUUUUACAGACAAAUUAAAUUUUGUAGAUCUCACCUAUCAAAAGACAUUAAGACUGUGUCAAAACAAACCAGUUCUUACUGAAUUACUAUUAUGUGAUACUUCACUAAAACUUUUGGGGCAAAUCAUACCUAGACUCUUCCAAGAUGAACAAACUUUAAAAAAUUUAAUUCUGCAUGAACAUUCUAGACCAAAACGAGUUCUAUUUAAUGCAAUUGGAUCUGUUUUUAGGACUUUAUUCGGUACCUUAGACAGUGAUGAUGCGGAAAAUUUCAAUAAUGCUAUUAACAAAGCUGAAAUUAACGAAAAUCAUCUUCUUGAUUUACUCAAACAACAAAUUCAUGUAGUAAAAGCCACGAUUGCAAAUUUUAAUAACUCUAUUACGAAUCUAGACCGAAACAAAGUAAUUUUUGAUAAAAAUUUCGAAUCAAUAACGAAUUACACAGAUAAAAUUAAUAAUAAAUAUUUUAAUUUAGACUUAAAACAAACAAUAGAAGAGCAUUUUACCUUACUAAAUUUAUUUAUAACAGAAUUACAACAAGAAUAUUCUGCUUUAAUAAACAUUGUUCUAUUUGCAAGAAAUAAUAACCUUCAUCCUUCUGUUAUAACACUUGACCAACUAAUUCAAGAAUUAUCUAAAACAGUAACGCAUUUGCCUAGUACAUCGACUUAUCCAUUUCCAUUGACUAUCGAUUAUGCUCAUAAGUAUUUCGAAAUUAUUUUACUUAAAUAUAUAUAUUUUGAUAACAAAAUUUUAAUUUCGGUUAGUAUACCUUUGGUUAGUAAUACUCAUUAUUCUCUCUUUAACCUAAUAUCUCUUUCUAUAAUUCAUCCAACAUUAAAGAAACUUACCUUUAUUCUCCCAUCUGUCAAAUAUCUUGUUCUUUCAGAAAAUAGAAACAUUUAUCUUACUAUUGAUACAUUAGAAGGCUGUUAUUAAUUAGAUGAGGAAAAACUUAUUUGCAAAAAUCCUGAUACUUUCCGAUUUACACACGUUAAUCCAGUUUGUGAAACCGAAUUGUUAACUUCAAUAACAAACAUACCGUCUAGUUGCGAUACUCGCAUAAU